AUGUUUCUUGGUUUUUCACCAGCCUUCCACCAGCUGAGACCACCAGCCACGCGUCCGCAGGUGGUGGCGGUGCUGACCUUGGCGGCCACCUGUCCGACCUUCGUGGGCUCCCCCUAUCGCCUCAAGUUGCAGGCGGCCAAGGACACCUCCCUCUCCGAGCAAUUCGCUGACUUCGCGGACCAGUUCAAGACGGCCAGUGUGGCUGGUGCGGUUGCCUUCUUCAUGAACUGCGGAAUUCAGGGUGUGAAUGCGGAUCCCUCCACGUUGUCCAAUGCCUACGCCACCAGCCCUGGUGGGGUAGCAGCACCCAUGGAACAACGAAUCAGCCACGCGCCGGCGCACGCGCCCCUGAACUACCAGGGAGUGCAGCAACAGCUGGUGAUGAAAGACUUUGAUGCGCAAUCGGGAUAUGUUCAUCAGGUGUCAGCCCCUGCGGAUGUUCGCGUAAGGGAGGCUGAUGCCAAUGCACUUCAGGCAGCGAAUGACCAGACCGCAGGCGACGCUGCGAAGGUUGAGGCGAGCGCGGUGAAGCAAGUGGAGACGGAAGAAGAGGUGCAGCUGGAAGCGCUGGAGGGUCGCAUCAAAGAGGAGAAGUUGCGGCUCUCUGAGGCGGCGGAGCAGCUGAAGACCCUGGAGGAGGAUCUUCAGGCCGCAAAGGUUAAGCGAGCCAUGCAGGAGGCCGCUGGCAUGGACCUUUCCACCGAAGCCGGGGAGGGCUGGGGCGGCUUUCGAGAUCUGCUACUCUUGGGCUUUGGCGCCGUCCUGGGAGCUGUAGGCCAUGGCCUGGCAAAGCUGAAGGAGGAGUGGUCACCUAAGAUGCCCAUGACGAUGCCUUCGCCCUCCAUGCAGCCCUCCACGGUGGCCACUUCUGGAGCACUGGGCUUGGCCUUUGCGGCUUCGGUCCACAGCACCGCGCCCGCUUUGACGCUGCCCACCCCCGUCUACCCGGCUGCGCUGCCGCUGCUGACGAUGCGAAAGGCGGUCUCCGUGCCGGAGAGCGAGGUCAGCUCUCCCAGUUCAUCGCCGAUGUGGGGCGAACGGCCCUUCGUGUUGCAGUGA